ACCUUGGAAUCAUUGUUUAACGGAGGAUUAAGAUUGACGCCAUCAACUUUAACGUCCAACAACGGUUUCAUGACAAACUAUACAGAUGGUCUUCGAUUUUCAACAACUAGAUUAUGCCGAGAAGCUAACAGUGUACACAUAUUCUUAUAUCAAGAUGGAUUUGGAACUGUAAAUCCAUUAGGUGAUGUAAAGAUGCGUCAUAAAAUGGUUGGAGUAUAUUUUACCAUUGGAAACAUGCAUCCAGCUCUGAGGGCAAAGGCAGACAACAAUUUUUUAGCCCUAUUGUGUUUUGAAAAAGACUUGAAAAAGUAUGGAGUGGAUUCUAUCUUCAAGGUACUUAUCGACGACAUGAAAGUAUUGGAAACGAAAGGACUACGAGUAAUUAUUGAUAAAUGUGAUGUAAUGGUACAUGGUACAAUAUUUGCACUGCUUGGUGAUAACCUAGGUACACAUCAAAUGGCUGGCUUAGUCGAAAAUUUCUCAACGCACCAAUAUUUUUCACGGUACUGCUACACGACCUUGAGCGACUUUCGGCGCACUCCCUUACAAGACUGUGAAAUGAGGCAUCAAGAUACCUAUGAACAGGAUCUAUUAGGCUGCUUAAACAGCGGGAAACCGACUAGAGGCGUUAAGACUUCCACUAUUUUUAAUGAUCUUCAAUAUUUCCAACUAUUUGAACUUGGGAUGCCACCUUGUUUAGCCCAUGACUUAUUUCUUGGUUGUUUCAAUUAUGACAUCAUGCUAGUGUUUCGACGGUUCAUCAGAAAUAAGCUCGUUGGAGAGAAAUAUCUACAAAGCAGACUAAAUUACCUCUUAAAGAAGUUUGAGCUGAACUCUAAGAUUAGCCUCAAUUUGAACAAGAAAUGUGUCACCAGCAAAGCAAUAGAUGUUUGGCAUAUGAUCCAAAUAAUACCAUUAUUGCUGCUCAAACUAACACGUCUGCACGAGGAUCCUGCAUUCAAGCUCAUCAUAAUGUUGAAAAACAUCACUGAUAUUGUGACUGCUCCUUUGAUUUCUUCAAGACAAGUUGCAAUGCUCAAACUUGAAAUUAGUCACUAUUUAGAAAUCAGAUCAUCGCUUUUUAUGUCUCCUUUGCGACCAAAACAUCACUACCUUUCACAUUACCAUCAUCUUAUCCUCCAGUAUGGCCCACUUAUGCAAUUUAGUACUUUGAGCGGUGAGCGGAAGCAUUCAUACUUCAAAACAGCAUUGCGGCAUGCAGGAAAUUAUAAAAAUGUCUUGAAGCUUUGUAGUGAAAGACAUCAGUACUUGCAAGCUUAUUUAAGUGCGGAUAAGCAGAGAUUCAACGAAAAAAUCAUCUACGAAGGAACCAUGCGUACCUGCGAAGAUUUGAAUAAAAAUGAAAAGCAACUUAUGGAACUGUUUAAUUGUUAUGGAGAAAACUUCAAGUACACAGAUUCUGGUAUUUGCUUGGGUACGACAAUCAAAGUUGGAUACUGUUUAUUCAUGGAGCAUGAUGAGUUCGAGGAUUUAUUCUACAUAAUUAUGAUACAUGGUAUCAUUUUAAACGAUACUACCGACGACAUUUUUGUUUAUGGAGAUAAAAUAAGUGCAUCAUACUUCACGGAGAUGGGAAUCCCAGUUGUUCAGGAUCAUAGUACCGAAGAUGUAAACUGCGUUAAUUUGAAAGACCUUCCCGAUAUCACUCCGCUGAAGUUAUACAGAUGUCAAGAAAAUACUUAUCUGUUCAAUAGUCAUGCAAUUCCUAGAAAAUAAGGUAAGUUAGUGCUCAUUGAUUACUAGAGAAAAUUAUAAUAAAUAUCGAUACUAUGCUUCAACUGGCAUUCAUUUCUUUCCGUUACAUAU